AUGGCUUGGGGCUUGCCGAAGCUUCCCGGUUUGACAUUUACGGAUCCAACGAAGACAAAACAUCACAUACGAGGCUCGCUGCGUUACUACCAAGGUUAUAGAUUUCCAGACACAAUCGUUAGGGCACCGGGCGGUGGAGACACGGAUGUCGACAGCAACGCCUUUGCCCUUCCAGAGGAUUCCGUGAAUUACGACCCGUCGCUGACGUAUGGGCGAGUGAAGCAAGCGGCGUUGCCGGCUGUAGUCCCGCAUUGGGUGCACUACGACAAGCGUUGCCUCAACUUCACCGCGUUCUUCAAGCAGCCAGUAUACGAGAGCCCCGAUGAGAACUACAGGGUGCGAAUCGUCAAUAUCGUCUAUUUCCUCGAGGACGACACGCUCACCGUAAUGGAACCGCGAACGAAGGUGCCAGGUGUCGCCGAU